AUGUCUGCCUCACCCUCAGUACCAGCAGAGGCCGACUAUGUCAUCGUCGGAGGUGGCACAGCUGGCCUUGUCCUGGCGGCCCGGCUAUCCGAAGAUCCAAAGACGAGUGUUGUGGUGUUGGAAGCUGGCAAAGAUAUGACUCAAGAUCCUCGAGUCAACAUCCCUGCUCUUUGGACGUCGUUGAUGGGAUCGGAAGUAGACUGGCAAUACCAGACUAGCCCUCAGGCUGCACUGGGAGAUCGAUGCAUCAAGGAACCGCAAGGAAAGCUCCUUGGCGGAUCAUCAGGGAUCAACGGUCAAGCCUUUAUUGCCCCUUCUAAGGCAGGCAUCGAUGCAUGGUCCAAGCUGGGAGCGACCAGCUGGACAUGGGAAGCACUGCAACCUUUCUACAAGAAGUCAUACACACUCCAACUGCCAGAUGAGACGACUCAGGAGCACAUUGGGCUGAGUUGGUUGGACAAGGACAAUCAUGGAUCCUCGGGACCUCUCAAGGUCUCCUUCCCGGCCGUGGCUCAAGACCCCUUAUCCAAAGCCUGGGUUGAGACUUUCGAGUCCACCGGCUACGGACUCACCUCUGAUCCGUUCUCCGGCGAUUCUACUGGAGGCUACAGCAUAAUGGCUUCCGUGGAUGCCGAGACCAAGACUCGCAGUUAUGCCGCAUUGGGCUAUGGCCUGCCCGCCAUGCAGCGACCCGAUGUCCACAUCAUAACCGAGGCACUCGUGCACAAGAUUCUGUUCAAACCUACGAGUGAAACCGACGAUGUGACGGCGACCGGAGUCGAGACAAUGAUUCAGGGUGAACUCCAUCAAAUAAUCGCUAAGCGAGAGGUGAUUCUCUCCGCUGGGGCCCUCAAUACCCCCAAGCUUCUGGAACUAUCCGGGAUUGGAAACGCGUCGAUCCUCCGUCAAUUUAACAUCCCGGUUGUGGUGGAUAAUCCAAAUGUGGGCGAGAACCUCCAGGACCAUUUGAUGACUGGAAUUAGUUUCGAAGUCGUCGAAGGAGUCCACACCGGCGAUCCUUUGCUGCGCCAGGAGCCGACCGCGCUGCAAGCCGCCAUGCAGUUGUACACAGAGCAUCAGACUGGUCCAAUGGCAAGCGGCGGGGUUCAAUCUGGCGCCUAUAUGCCGGUCCGUGGCUUUGACGGACCCCAAGGUAGUCAGGACAGCAUGGCCACGUACAUGGAUCGGUUCCUUGCGCAGCCAGACAAUCGCCAAAACGCGAUUCGCGAGAUAUUCGCUCAACCCAAGGCCCCAACUUGUUCAAAUGUCAUGUUCCUGGCACAGGCCAACUUACACGAAAGUGGCAAGAGCUUCGUGGGGCAAGAUCUACUUCCCGGAAACUUUCUGAGUCUGGGUCUGAUUCAAAGUAUGCCGUUCUCCCGCGGGCAUGUCCACAUCUCAUCGGCGGAUCCAAGCGACAAGCCCGCGAUCGACCCACGCUACUUGUCGCAUCCAUUGGACUUGGACCUCUUCUCCCGCAAUCUGUUGGACUUGGAAAGAUUGCACAUGGCCGAGCCACUGGCGCGAUUUCUUAAACCCAAUGGGCGUCGUAAUCAUCCCGACGCCUUCCUGACCGAUCUGGACAGCGCUAAGAGAUACAUCCGUGAUACGGCCACCACCACCUAUCAUUCUUGUGGAACAGCUGCUAUGCUCCCGACGGAGAGUGGGGGAGUCGUUGACGAACGACUACGGGUGUAUGGCACAACUAACCUGCGGGUGUGCGACGCCAGUAUCUUCCCCCUGAUUCCCGCGGCCAACAUCAUGUCAACGGUUUACGCCGUGGCUGAAAGAGCGGCGGACCUCAUUAAAUCCGAAGCCGGAAAGUAA